ACCACCGUGCAACGGAACGCGGAAUCUCGUCGCUGAAGAAACGUGAAAACGAACGCUUUUGAAAUGUUAUUUCCCGACGACAGAAACUUUUCCUGCCCUCCAUCGGGGGGUAGCUUCCAGCGGCUAGAAGUGCCUUACACGUAUCGAUCGGAAAUGUACCAUUUUAUGAAGAAAGACUUUUCGAAGCAGUUCUCGUUCAUCUACGCUUCCCGCCUCGAAGAAAUGGCCAAGCUGCUGGAGGAAAGUGUGCAGAAAAAAUGGGGUAACGAGAUCCCGGUGAAACGAUUGGCUGAUCUGCGUGAGGAAUGUCCCCAGAAGUGCAUCAUUAUUGGGACGCUGUUCAAGCAUCAGGAACUGAAACCGAGCAUUUUGCGGGAAAUAUCGGAGGAAAACCAGCUGGUCCCUCAGCCGCCACGGUCACACUACACGAACGACAAUGAUAUACUGAUCUUGGAAGAUGCUCUGCAGCGGAUCAAGCUCGUCGGGAAGAUAGAUGUCCACUCGAUUGUAACAGGUGUGGUUUGUGCCGUACUGGGAUAUCAAGAAAGUGAUGGUCGCUUUUUCGUGGAGGACUACAUAUUCUAUCAUGGAGGUCCUCAAAAAGAAUUGAAGCCACUACAAAGUUCACCGUUGCUAGUGUUGAUUUCGGGACUGAAUCAGACAGCGGCGAAUGAUUUUUCCGUGUCAUUGGAGCUACUGCAGCAAUGGGUUUUCGGUAAUUUGGAGGGCCUCGUGGAAGGCCACGAUUGGGAGGCAGCCAGUAUUGUUCGUAUCAUUAUCGCAGGCAACUCUGUGAAGGCAAGCCCUAAGGCUAAGAAUCAUCUGCCAUCUAGCGUCACCACCGAAACCGAUCAACUGGUCGGGGCAGUACAGGCGCUCGACUCUCUGGUUCACAAUCUCGCUCAAUCUGUGCCGGUAGAUCUGAUGCCCGGCGAGUUUGAUCCUGCAAACCACAUGCUUCCACAACAAGCGAUGCACCACUGUCUGUUCCCUCGUACAGCACAGUUCAGUUCCUUCAAAGGGGUGCCAAAUCCGUACGCAUUUGAGCUGGCCGAUCGGUACGUGCUGGGAACGUCUGGCCAAAACGUACAUGACGUGAUGCGAUACUCUAAAAUAGACACACCAUUGGAGGCACUGAAGGCUACACUUCGUUGGAGCCACAUCGUUCCAACGGCACCAGAUACGCUACCGUGCUAUCCGUACUACCAAAAAGAUCCGUUCAUCAUCAACGAAUGUCCGCAUUUGUACUUUGCUGGCAACGCAGGGCAAUAUCAAACGGAAAUGUGGACUGCAGCAAAUGGGCAAGUAACGCGACUUGUUUGCAUUCCGCAGUUCUCCGAAGAUCAGAGUAUUGCCGUUGUAAACCUUCGUACGAUGGAUUGCAGGAAGGUUAGCUUUAAAACGGGAGGGUGUGAUACUGGUGAAGAAUAAAAGAGGAACGUUGAAAGCAGGCGCCAACAUUUUCCUGUGUACUCUAU